AUGACGCUUCUCGCCCUGGCGAGUCCUGUUCCAAAGGACGAUGAAGGUGGCUUCGCAGGCGAAAGAAACAUCCUCGUCGGCCGUAAUCCACAAGACUGGGACAAUCUCGAAAGAAAAGCGGAAGACAUCGUCGCCCGUGAUGUGGCUGCUACAAAUGCCGCAGAUUCUUCAGACCACGGCGGCCCUGGCGGCUACGGUGGAGGACGCGGUGGUGGUGGUUACGGCGGAGGAUAUGGCGGUGGUGGGCAUGGCGGUGGUGGAUGGGGUGGUCGAAGGGGCGGCUGGGGUGGUCGUGGAGGGGGAUGGUAA